UUGUGGUAUGAACUUCUAUUAUUGCUAGGAAAUAAUGGAAGAGACAUUCCCUCUUUUUUCUGCUGUUUUGCUUCUGCUUUGCGGCUUUCUAAUUAUUUGUCUACGCCGUGUUUGGUGGAAGCCUGAAAGUUGUAGAAUAAAGCUUAAGGAGCAAGGGAUCACAGGUCCUCCACCCUCUAUGAUAUUGGGAAACAUUCCAGAAAUGAAGAGAAUGGUGUCUCAAAUUUCUGAAACUCCAAAGAUAGAUGGUUGUUUAACAGUCUUACCAUAUUUCCAGCAAUGGACCAAAAACUAUGGAAAAUUAUUUAGGUUUGAACUUGGGGGAAUACAAUUGUUAUACGUGAGUAAUCUAGAGCUGGUGAAGGAAAUAAGUCGCUUUAGAUCAUUGGACCUGGGGAAACCUGCUUACCUACAAAAUGAGAGAGGAGCUUUAUUAGGCAAAGGCCUUAUUACAGCAAAUGGUGCAGUUUGGUCUCAUCAGAGAAAGACCAUUGCUCCACAGCUCGGCACGGAGAAGGUUAAGGAUAUGGUGAAGCUGAUGGUGGAGUCUGGAGAUAUACUAGUUAAAACGUGGGAGAAGAUAAUCGACAGUGAGGGUGAGGAUGGGAUUGUCGAGAUCAUGGUAGAUCAGCAUAUGAGAAACUUUACCUCUUACAUAGUUUCCAAAGUAAUAUUUGGGAAUGAUCAUCAUAAAGGAAUAAAAAUAUUUCCAAAAUGUCAAGCUCUUAUUAACGCCAUGGGUGGUGCUACAACCCUUGGAAUUCCCUUAUCAAGAUUUCUCCCCACCAAAGCAAAUAGAACAGCGUGGAAAUUAUCCGAAAAGAUUCAUGGCAUGAUUAUGGACAUAUCUAAGGAGAGAAUUGGAUCUACAUCCAAAGACAUGUUACAAGUGAUCCUAGAAGGUGCCGAGAAUGGUGAGCUUUGGCCAUUAACAAAAGAUGAGUUCAUAGCUGACAACUGCAAAGAUAUCUUCUUUGGUGGCUAUGAACCACCUGCUCUUGCAGCAAUUUGGGGUUUAAUGCUGUUAGCUUCGCAUCCUGAAUGGCAAGCUCGUGCUCGUUCUGAGGUUCUGGAGGUCUGUGAGGGCCAACAGAUACUAGAUUACAAUAUGCUUACCAAGAUGAAAGUGUUAAAAAUGGUGAUCCAAGAGGUUUUGCGGCUUUAUCCAGGAGUGGCAUUGGCAUCGAGGCAUGCCCUGCAAGAAGUGAAGAUUGGUAAUGUGCAGGUUCCAAAAGGCGUAGGAAUUUGGAUAUUCCUAUUAGCAUUACAUCGUGACCCUGAGCUUUGGGGACCUGAUGCAGACGUGUUUAAUCCCGAGAGGUUCAUUAAUGGAGUUACAGGAGCUUGCAAGUCUGCACAAGCCUAUAUACCUUUUGGCUUGGGAGCUCGAAUUUGUCCUGGACAGAACAUGGCUAUGAUGGAAUUGACGGUGCUGUUUGCUCUCAUAUUGUCCAAUUUCAACAUUAGCAUUUCUCCUAAUUAUCUUCACUCUCCGAAAUUUGGUCUGCUUUUGGAGCCUGAGCAUGGUGUGAAACUUCUCGUUCGAAAGAUAUAGCUGCUUCGCCUGAGUCAGCAUAGUAUCAUAUAAGCGUGCUAAAUAAGCAUUUAGAAUAAAGGUUUAUGAAAAAGGGAAGAUUGACCCUUUUGUUGUUGGAAGUAUAAAUUUAAGAUAUUAAUAUUAAAAUUAUCAUAAUUUUAUCAAGA